AUGAAUACUCGUUACUCCGUUCAGCCUGAGGCAUCUUCUAAUAACAUCUCCAUCACUAUUUCAUCAUCUUCUUCGUUGAAUACUACCACACCACGAGGCGAUAAUAGUCAUGUGGUUGUAGCAGCUAGUAAUGCUCAAGAAAGGUCUCCACCUUCGUCCUACAUAAGAUUGGCUAUGAGGAUAUCUAGAGCUAGAUGGUUCAUCUUCUUGAGAAGAGUGUUUCAUUACCAGAACGGAUCAAGAUCCGAUCUUGGGUCUAACCCUUUCAACUCGAGCACUUGGAUGAUGUCUGAGCUCAUUGCUCUGCUUGUUCAGCUCACUGUGAUAACAUUCACACUAGCUAUCUCCAAAGACGAAAGACCAAUAUGGCCUGUAAGGCUAUGGAUUACAGGGUAUGAUGUUGGAUGUCUCCUUAGUCUCAUGCUGUUAUAUGGUCGAUAUCGUCAACUAGGCGUUAACCAAGGAAAUGGGUUUGUCCUCGGUGAUAUUGAGCAGCAACAGAGAGGCAGAGAAGACAACAGGAGCUCUCAUUUGAUGAACAAAUGCAGAACAUCGCUAGAGCUUUUCUUUGCGAUUUGGUUUGUGAUUGGGAAUGUUUGGGUGUUCGAUUCAAGAUUCGGUUCUUUCCACCAUGCUCCUAAGCUUCAUGUUCUCUGCGUCUCUCUUCUAGCAUGGAACGCUCUCUGCUAUUCGUUUCCCUUUAUCCUCUUCCUGUUCCUCUGUUGCCUUGUCCCUCUCAUCAGUAGCCUCCUUGGAUACAACAUGAACAUGGGAUCUUCAGACAGAGGAGCAUCAGAUGACCAAAUUUCUAGUCUCCCUAGCUGGAAACACAAACGAAUCAACGACAAUGCUUCUGAUUCUGAUUCAGAUUCGGCUCCUGCAACCGAUGAUCCAGAGUGUUGUAUAUGUUUGGCCAAAUAUAAAGACAAAGAAGAGGUAAGGAAGCUUCCAUGUUCACAUAUGUUUCACCUAAAGUGUGUAGAUCAAUGGCUUCGAAUCAUCUCUUGCUGUCCUCUCUGCAAACAAGAUCUUCCAAGAUAG